CCUGUCUUGUUAUUCUGUGCGUGGUGGUGGCUCUUCAUGUCGGCUUCUAGCGAUGCGUUUGUUCGUUAACACAACAUAACGAAGCACACGCGAACAUUACACAACUUUUAACACGAACUUGUGCACAUACAUGUCUAGUUGUGGGAGAGUUGAGAUGGCAAAAGGGAAGAAAAACAGACCCGAGGAAACCCGUCAGGUCAAAAAGAAGACAAAGGAAAAUAAACCAGAAAUGAAUCGGGACGCAUGUACUGGUCAGCCACAAGUGCAUGUUGCAUCCGUUAUUGUGUUGCAGGACGCAGGUAAUUGUCAGCCCACUAUAAAAAGUAUUUGGAGUCCUGGCAAACCCAGAUCUCCUCUGUGUGACUACUCAAGUUCUGUCAUCCAAGAGGAAAAUGUGCCAGAGAAAUGUACUCAAACUGAGACAUCAAAGAAAGUGAAAGGGAGACUGAAUAAAGUGAGGACCUGCCUGGCUCUGGUACCCAGAGAGACAACUACCCUGCAUGUCCAGGAGGAGGAUCCAGAAUCACACCCCAACCCAACUGCACCAGAUGAUAAUGUCACCAAGCCCAAAACUGAGAGGGGGGCUAGUCAAAAAGUCAAAGUAAAAAAAGCAGAAAGCAAUGCUGCCCAAAACAGGAAGGUCACCGAUUAUUAUCCUAUUAGACGGAGUUCCAGAAAAAGCAAAGCUGAAUUGAAGAAUGAAGAACACGGACACCUUGAUUACCUGAUAAAAAAUGGAGUUGAAGAAGGACUGCAGGUCAAACAUAUAGAGGGUAAGGGAAGAGGAGUGUUUGCCGUCAGACGUUUCAAGAAGGGGCAGUUUGUAAUUGAGUAUCAUGGAGACUUGUUGCAUCUGGCUGAUGCCAAGGAGAGAGAGGCUCUGUAUGCCCAAGACCCCGGGACUGGCUGCUACAUGUACUAUUUCCAGUAUCUCAGCAAAACAUACUGUGUGGAUGCUACAAAAGAAUCAACUCGCCUGGGAAGGCUGCUAAACCACAGUAAAAAUGGCAACUGCCAGACCAAACUCCAUGACAUAGAUGGAAUACCUCAUCUCAUACUGGUAGCUUCCAGGGACAUUGAGGCAAAGGAAGAGCUGCUUUAUGACUACGGUGACCGCAGCAAGGAAUCCAUCUCGGCUCACCCUUGGCUCAAAUACUGAUGUGCUGUUUUUACACUAGCAGAGUAUUCUCUCAAGGGAAUUACUAGGUGCAUUUGAUUCAGCUUCUCUUUUUUUAACCAUUCCAUUGGCCCUAAGCUGCAAACUCGGGAUUCCAGGUGAGACAAAUGAAAUCUGUUUGGCUUUAAUCUGCUUUUUCAAGCAAUGUAUUUGGGCAAAACUGUGGCAGUAUGAACAAUGGAGGACAACCUUCGAGAUGACACAUAGGUCAAUUUGUUAAAACUGUAUAUCAAUUUUUUGCUGGAUUUGGGGGUAGUUUUUAUACAUAUUUAGGCCUGUGCUUCCAUGAAGAUAUUAAAAAUAUUUUGUAACAUAAGCUAUUGUUUUUAUAAUGCUGCUUUUUAUAUUAGUGAUAAUGUUAGGUAUGGUUCUAGUUGAAGCAACAAUUUUCAUAUGAUCAUCAAUGCUCUUCAGGCUUCGGGGACACCAGCUUAUACUUGAUUUAAAAUGUAGGUAUUUGUUUUGCAAUGGGUGAAAUCCUAAUGAAUUUUGAACAAUUUACAAUGUAAGGUGCUCUGAGAGUAAAUGAAAUGUGUACAUAGACAAAUAAAUCUGUUCAGAAAUCUGGC